UUGCUACUAUUUGAUUGGUCCAUUCGAACUUGCGUCUGUUUCACCGCCACACCGCUGUUGCUAAACACCCAGCAUUUACAAACUCGCAUCUUGCUUUGCUUCAGGUAAAUCUCCAUUUAGUUAAAAAUGCCUGGGAAUAUGGAUGAUUAUUUGAAGAUAGAGAAGAUAGGUGAAGGUACCUAUGGUGUUGUGUAUAAAGGACGCCAUAAAAGAACAAAUCGGAUUGUUGCAUUGAAGAAAAUUCGGUUAGAGAGCGAAGAAGAAGGAAUACCAUCGACAGCUAUCAGAGAAAUCUCAUUUUUGAGAGAAAUGGUACAUGACAAUAUUGUUAGUUUAGAAGAUGUCUUGAUGCAAGAAGGAAAAUUAUAUCUUGUCUUUGAAUAUUUGUCAAUGGAUCUGAAGAAAUAUAUGGACUCUAUACCAAGUGGAAAGUACAUGGACACUAAACUUGUAAAGAGUUACCUUCAUCAAAUUCUGCAAGGAAUUCUCUACUGUCACCAGCGCCGACUCCUUCAUCGUGAUCUGAAACCCCAGAAUUUACUUAUUGAUACAUCUGGAACUAUUAAAUUGGCUGACUUUGGUUUAGCCAGAGCAUUUGGUAUUCCUUGCCGUGCUUACACUCAUGAAGUUGUUACUUUGUGGUAUCGUGCCCCAGAAAUCCUACUUGGUUAUCAACGCUAUUCCACAGCCUUAGACAUUUGGAGUAUUGGUUGUAUAUUUGCUGAGAUGGUAACAAAACGACCUCUUUUUAAUGGUGACUCUGAAAUUGACCAGUUAUUCAGAAUAUUUAGGACUUUAUCAACCCCAAAUGAAGAAUCUUGGCCUGGAGUAACAAAUUUCCCAGAUUACAAAGCAUCUUUCCCACAGUGGAAAGUCAACAAUUUGGAAACAGCUGUUAAAACUGAUGUUGCCAUGGAGUCUGCUGGUCUUGAUUUGUUACAGAAAAUGUUGACUUACGACCCCCAUAAGAGAGUGGCUGCCAAAACUGCAAUAAACCACAGCUACUUCAAUGACUUAGAAAAUUUCUCUCCUGUACUCUAGAUGGCUUCCAUAUUCCAGUUGACUGACUCUGAUUUGUGAUACAACUAUUGUACAGAUGCCAAAGAGAUUGUCUGUUUUGGUAAUGAGUGUGAUUGGUGUGUGUGACUCUGACUGUUUGCUCAUUCUUUUCUUGUGAAAGUUUUCUUCCUGUCUUCUCCAUUUUCAUUUCUUUGGCACUACGUAAAACCAUUUGAGCUUGUUACUGAGGUGAUUGUAGUUAUAUUUUGAUGGGAGACCCACCGUCAACUUGUCUUUAAAUGGUUACAAACUUGAGAUAUCCUAACAUUUAUGUAAUAUACUCAUUGUUUUGGAAUAAAAUACUUUUUUCUUUAUUAGUGUAUAGAUAAUGAAA